AUAAAAGUAAUAACAAAGAAGAGUUGGUCACCUCUCACCACCAAAAUAUUUUGAAUAGUAUCACAUCACACCAUGGCCAUGGCCAAAGCAGCUUUAAUAUCAUUCCCUAUUCUUCCACAGAGGUUCAUCAUCAAGCCAUCAAACUACGUCGUUUUGGCAUCAAAACAGUCAUUACUACUAGCCAAGUUUCGUAUCAGGUGCAGCUCAAACGAGGCCUCAUCAUCAUCCUCAUCAGUGGAGACCACAGUAACUUCUCCUGAGGACGCAGCAGAAGCAGAAGAUUCUGAUGGUGAAGGUGAAGGUUCCAUUGAUGUGCCCCAAGAGCUUCCUUCUUUGAUUUCUACUCUCAAUGUUGAAAGGGCUCUUCGUGGAAUACCCAUUACAGAUGUAGAUCAUUAUGGUAGGCUUGGACUAACAAGAGGCUGCUCUUCUGAUCAGAUUAUAGAUGCCUAUCAAAUCAAGAUUGAAGAAGUAAUGAAUAGAGGCCUAGGAGAAGAAGAACUCAACCAAGAACUUGCACUCUUAAAGGAAUCAUACACAAUUUUGUCAACGGUUGAAGAGAGAAGACUAUAUGACUGGAGCUUGGCCAGGAGUGGGCAACCAGAUAGAUAUGUUUGGCCUUUCGAAGUAGACUCAACAAAACCCCCUCUUGAUGACCCACCUCAACAGGAACCAGAGGACGUUGGGCCAACAAGAUUAGUGGGAUACUUCAUAUUGUUUUGGGUAAUAUUGUCCUUCGUCUUCUCUAUUGCCCUUAAUCGAUAAACCAUAACAAGGUUCAUAAUUUCAUGUGUAUAAAGCCAUCUUGGAUUAUGUUAUACUAAUUAAUCAGCUCAAAUAUUCUUACCCAUUUUCUCAA